UCCCGCUGUGACUCCCAUGCCCAGGUGACCACCCGAUUGCCCCAGCCUGAGGAAUGGCUUUCUGAGGAAGACCCUGAAGGAGUAGGUCUGGGACACAGCAUGCCCCGGGGCCUGGUGCCUGCCUUACUCCUCCUGAUUCUCCAUGGAGCCUGGAGCUGCCUGGACCUCACUUGCUACACUGACUACCUCUGGACCAUCACCUGUGUCCUGGAGACGCGGAGCCCCAGCCCCAGCAUACUCAGUCUCACCUGGCAAGAUGAAUACGAGGAACUUCAGGACCAAGAGACCUCCUGCAGCCUACACAGGUCUGGCCACAACACCACACAUAGAUGGUACACGUGCCAUAUGCGCUUGUCUCAAUUCCUGUCCGAUGAAGUUUUCGUUGUCAACGUGACGGACCAGUCUGGCAACAACUCCCGAGAGUGUGGCAGCUUUGUCCUGGCUGAGAGCAUCAAGCCAGCUGCCCCCUUGAACGUGACUGUGACCUUCUCAGGACGCUAUGAUAUCUCCUGGGACUCAGCUUAUGACGAACCCUCCAACUACGUGCUGAGGGGCAAGCUUCAGUAUGAGCUGCAGUAUCGGAACCUCAGAGACCCCUACGCUGUGAGGCCGGUGACCAAGCUGAUCUCAGUGGACUCAAGAAACGUCUCUCUUCUCCCUGAAGAGUUCCACAAAGAUUCUAGCUACCAGCUGCAGGUACGGGCAGCGCCUCAGCCAGGCACUUCAUUCAGGGGGACAUGGAGUGAGUGGAGUGACCCCGUCAUCUUUCAGACCCAGGCUGAGGAGCCCGAGGCAGGCUGGGACCCUCACAUGCUGCUGCUCCUGGCUGUUUUGAUCAUUGUCCUGGUUUUCAUGGGUCUGAAGAUCCACCUGCCUUGGAGGCUAUGGAAGAAGGUAUGGGCACCAGUGCCCACCCCUGAGAGUUUCUUCCAGCCCCUGUACAGGGAGCACAGCGGAAACUUCAAGAAUUGGGUUAAUACCCCUUUCACAGCCUCCAGCGUAGAGUUGAUGCCACAGAGUUCCACAACAACAUCAGCCUUACAUCUGUCAUCACAUCCAGCCAAGGAGAAGAAGUUCCCGGGGCCGCCGGGUCUGGAAGAGCAACUGGAGUGUGAUGGAUUGUCUGAGCCUGGUCACUGGUGCAUAAUCCCCUUGGCAGCUGGCCAAGCGGUCUCAGCCUACAGUGAGGAGAGAGACCGGCCGUAUGGUCUGGUGUCCAUUGACACAGUGACCGUGGGGGAUGCAGAGGGCCUGUGUGUCUGGCCCUGUAGCUGUGAGGAUGAUGGCUAUCCAGCCGUGAACCUGGAUGCUGGCCAAGAGUCUGGCCCUAAUUCAGAGGAUCUGCUCUUGGUCACAGACCCUGCUUUUCUGUCUUGCGGCUGUGUUUCAAGUAGUGGUCUCAGGCUUGGAGGCUCCCCAGGAGGCCUACUGGACAGGUUGAGGCUGUCAUUUGCAAAGGAAGGGGACUGGACAGCAGACCCACCCUGGAGAACUGGGUCCCCAGGAGGGGGCUCUGAGAGUGAAGCAGGUUCACCCCCUGGUCUGGACAUGGACACAUUUGACAGUGGCUUUGCAGGUUCAGACUGUGGCAGCCCUGUGGAAACUGAUGAAGGACCCCCUCGAAGUUAUCUCCGCCAGUGGGUGGUCAGGACCCCUCCACCUGUGGACAGUGGAGCCCAGAACAGCUAGCAUAUAAUA